CGGGGGAAGGCUCAGGCUGGCUAGCCCGGGUCCCGGGCCGUCAAGGGCUCCGGCAAGCGUGCGGGGAUGAGCGGAACCCUGGGCCGGGCGGCGGCGGCUCUGCUCCGCUGGGGGCGCGGCGCGGGCGGCGGCGGCCUGCGGGGCCCGGGCGUGCGGGCGGCGAGCUCGGGCGGCAGCGGCUCGGCCGAGCACCUGGACGCGCUGGUGAAGAAGGACAAGGUGGUGGUCUUCCUCAAGGGGACGCCGGAGCAGCCCCAGUGCGGCUUCAGCAACGCCGUCGUGCAGAUCCUGCGGCUGCACGGCGUCCGCGACUACGCGGCCUACAACGUGCUGGACGACCCCCAGCUCCGGCAAGGCAUUAAAGACUAUUCCAACUGGCCCACCAUCCCGCAGGUGUACCUCAACGGCGAGUUUGUGGGGGGCUGUGACAUUCUUCUGCAGAUGCACCAGAACGGGGACCUGGUGGAAGAACUGAAAAAGCUGGGGAUCCGCUCCGCCCUUUUAGAUGAGAAGAAAGACCAGGACUCGAAAUGAGGACGGCCGGGGCCAGGCGGCCGCCGGCGUCAGAGACUCAGCGCCGGAAAAGCCUUACGAUUUUGGUUUUCACUCUUCAGACAGCUGCCGGCCCUGAUUCUUCCGGUCUGUGAGCAGUCGGGUGAUUUUAGCGUGUCUCGUGUCGGACAAGGAGUAUCCUGUUGUGAACGUAAUUGUAACCACUGCACUGUAAUAAUCAAUGUUGUAUUAGGAGAUCGUUGUAAGCACAGUUUCUUCUUCUGUUGUCCUUUGCUCUUUGCCUGAUUCAGGACUAAAAAUAGGAGCUUUUGAAUCAUCAUUGUCACUUGUGAGUCCUCUGCAAAUGUAUCAGUCUGCAAAGAUAAUAUAUCCCCCCUUCAAGUUUUUUGUAACUUGUUCUGUUAAGAAAAAUGAUGGACAAGGAAGAAAAUAGGAUAACUGGGGUGUUUUUUAAAAAUAAACUGCCAACCCAGGGGUA